AUGCGUCAGCAGGAGGAGAAGAUGCGCGCGAAGUACGGGGACUUGAAACCGAAGAAACCGUUGAUACACAAGGACGUGAAGUACUUCGACAGCGCGGACUGGGCGCUGCAGCACCAAAAAGGACACGAGGGGCCGCAAAAGGGCGAGGAGGACGUGGAGAAGUUGCCGUCGAAGCUCGCGUCGUCGCCGCCGUCGAGUAAGUGACGCGACGCGCGCUCUAUAGUAGCCUCACGUAGUAGCGUUUGAAGCGUUUGAAACACGACACGAACGAAGGACGCGA